AUGGCCUUAAAAGAUAAAGUAGACAAGAACGUAAGAUUAGACCGUCACUCUGGAACCGGAACAAGAGGUUUACCAAAGAAGGAGGGAUAUGGAAGAUACGGAUGGGGAAAGGAAGGUGAAGCAUUUGUACAAGACGAUGUCGAAAGAGACAAUGAAUUCUUAAAGGAAGCCAAACCACAACCAGCAUUCCAAAGUGAACAAUGA